ACGUAGCUCUGAAGCUGUCAACGGGUCCCUCUGUAUCCUCCUCCUGAAUAGUUCCUUUCUAUAGAAAAACGUUUUUUUUUCUCAACCUCAAUCCGCUGUACCGAGCUGAAUUUGAAACCAGAUUCUGAUCUCUCCGUGAGUUCAUUUUCCAGAUAGAGGCAAUAAUGGUGGAUUCUAAUUCCGAGUCUGGGUUUUUAAAGGAUUUCCAAAUCCCAACUUCCAUACUUGUACCUGAAUCGGAGGUUGUGAAUGUUGAUCAUGUGCCCAAGUGUCCAGUGAUAGUGUUCAUCAAUUCCAAGAGUGGCGGUCAGCUGGGUGGGGAGCUUCUUGUCACAUUUUGUAGUCUUCUAAAUGAAAAUCAGGUUUUUGAUCUGGGGAAAGAGGCUCCUGAUAAGGUGCUACGCAGAAUCUAUGCCAAUCUAGAAAGGCUCAAGCUCAAUGGACAUGAAUUUGCAGUUAACAUUGAGGAGAGGUUGAGAUUAAUUGUUGCAGGUGGUGACGGAACAGCUGGCUGGCUUCUUGGAGUUGUUUGUGAUUUAAAAUUAUCCCAUCCACCACCGAUUGCUACAGUUCCCUUGGGAACAGGAAAUAAUCUUCCAUUUGCAUUUGGAUGGGGAAAGAAGAAUCCAGGGACAGAUCGUCAUUCUGUGAAAUCAUUUUUGGGUCAAGUAAUGAAAGCCAAGGAAAUGAAAAUGGACAACUGGCAUAUUCUCAUGAGGAUGAGGGCUCCAAAACAAGGUUCCUGUGAUCCCAUUGCACCUCUUGAGCUACCACAUUCUCUGCAUGCAUUUCAUCGUGUCUCUGAGGGAGACGACUUGAAUGUGGAAGGUUGCCACACAUUUCGUGGGGGAUUUUGGAACUACUUUAGCAUGGGAAUGGACGCUCAAGUUUCAUAUGCUUUUCAUUCCGAGCGAAAGUUGCAUCCUGAAAAAUUUAAGAACCAGUUAAUUAAUCAGAGUACUUAUGCGAAGCUUGGAUGUACGCAAGGAUGGUUUAUGGCUCCGCUUUUUCAUCCUUCCGGGAACAUAGCACAACUUGCAAAAGUAAAGAUCAUGAAGAAAUAUGGUCAAUGGCAGGAACUCAACAUACCUCACAGCAUCAGGUCUAUUGUAUGUUUGAACUUGCCUAGCUUUUCUGGUGGACUAAAUCCUUGGGGAACACCAAGCGGAAUCAUGCGGCGUGAUAGGGACUUGACUCCGCCAUAUGUAGAUGAUGGCCAUCUUGAGAUUGUUGGAUUUAGAGAUGGUUGGCACGGGCUUGUUUUGCUUGCUCCAAAGGGACAUGGGACUCGUCUUGCACAGGCACACCGAAUCCGCUUUGAGUUUCACAAAGGCGCACAGGAUCAUACAUACAUGAGAAUUGAUGGGGAACCUUGGAAACAACCCCUCCCAGUUGACGAUGAUACUGUUGUGGUAGAAAUCUCUCAUCUUGGGCAAGUGAACAUGCUUGCGACCCAUGAUUGUAGAUCUAAAAGUGUCCAUGAUCACUCAACAACUAGCCAUAACAAUGCUGAGGAAGAAGAUAGCAAUGAAGAAGACUCCACACAAGAGGGGGAAGAGUUUAGGAAGUUUGGUGCUGCAGAUACAUUUAGGAUCCCUGAUGAGGUUGAUAUUUCCCAGCUCAGUUAAAUUAUUCAAUCGUUCACCCAUUGGCUUCUACCAGUAGCAUGCCCUUUCCCUAAUCAGUAAUUUGUCUCAGUCCUGGAGUUCCAAUAUAAUUUUGAGUUCCAGCUCUUCUAUAUGAUGGCUUGGUCUCACUAUUUGAGGUCAAUUGAAGCAUAACAGCCGUCAGACUAGUAAAUACUUGUAGUAAUUUACAGGUGUGAUUCUAUUUAGUUACUUUCUGUCUUUGCAAUAAAGUGAAAAAGCAUUGUAAUCUCUCUUGAUGUAGUUGUAGCCAUAGACUGGCUACAAAUAUGUGAAUUUGGAAUUACAGGAUUCCUAAUAAGACUGAAUCUUUGAAGCGAUCAA